CAAAAAAUUUCGGAUUCGGAUAACACGCAAAAUAUUCUCUGCUCAUCUUCCUGCUCUCUUCCAUUCGCAAUCUCAUUCCUCAUCCUCUCUCUCUCUACGCACUCAUGAGAAGCUGAACUAAGCGGCACGAGUUCUGCGAAUUCCAUGGCGAAAACCCUAAUCUCAUCGCCAUCCUUCAUCGGCACGCCCCUCCCCUCGCUAUCUCUCCGUGGGACUCUGUCUCACCGCAGAUUUGUUGCCACUAGAGUCAAGUUCAGCUUCCACGAGCUUCCUCCUCCAAUUCACUCCUUCGAUUCUUCUUUCGAUUUUAACGCAAUUGUUAGCCGAGCGGAGGGCCUAUUUUACACUCUCGCGGAUGCUGCCGUCGCUGUCGAUUCGGCCUCCGGUGGUGCUGCCUCCGGCUCUGAAGCGGCUACGGUCCAGAAGAGCGGAAGCUGGUUCGGUUUUAUCUCCGACGCCAUGGAAGUUGUUCUUAAGGUACUGAAGGAUGGACUCACAGCAGUGCAUGUGCCUUAUGCUUAUGGAUUUGCAAUUAUUUUGCUCACUAUUAUUGUUAAGAUUGCAACAUUUCCGCUGACAAAGAAACAGGUUGAAUCAACAAUGGCAAUGCAAAAUCUUCAGCCAAAGAUCAAAGCUAUUCAGGAAAGAUAUAAAGGAAAUCAGGAAAGAAUACAGCUUGAGACAUCACGGCUUUAUAGGCAGGCUGGGGUUAAUCCUUUGGCCGGAUGUUUCCCUACUUUGGCUACAAUACCAGUCUGGAUUGGUUUAUAUCAAGCCCUUUCAAAUGUGGCAAAUGAGGGGCUCCUGAAAGAAGGUUUCUUUUGGAUCCCCUCUUUAGGAGGCCCAACUACAAUAGCUGCUCGACAAAGUGGAUCUGGAAUUUCUUGGCUUAUUCCAUUUGUGGAUGGCCAUCCACCACUGGGUUGGCAGGACACUGCAGCUUACCUAGUUUUGCCUGUCCUCCUUAUUGCUUCUCAGUAUUUUUCGAUGGAGCUCAUGAAGCCUCCUCAGACCGAUGAUCCAGCUCAAAAGAACACACUUCUUGUUUUCAAGUUUCUCCCUCUUAUGAUUGGUUACUUUUCCUUGUCUGUGCCAUCAGGAUUAUCACUUUACUGGUUCACAAACAAUGUCCUCAGCACUGGACAACAAGUCUGGUUACGUAAGUUGGGAGGUGCAAAACCUGUUGUAAGUGAAAAUGCAAGUGGCAUCAUCAGUGCAGGACGUGCUAAACGGUCAGGCUCUCAGCCAGAGGAGCGUGGUGAUAGGUUUAGGCAGUUAAAAGAUGAAGAGAAGAAGAAAAAAGUGAGUAGGGCACUUCCUGCAGAACAGGUCCAGGCUCAGGCUUCAACCUCAGAUUCCGAAGAUGGAUUGGAUGAAGAGACUAGUUCCAAGGAUGAGGAAGUAUUGGAUGAGGUAUAUGCUUCAAAUGGCAGCAAACCUGUUCCAGAUUAUUCUAGGCCAAGGAGGAGCAAGAGAUCGAAACGGAAGCGUGCGGUAUGAAAAUGGAGAUCAUACAGCUCUUCCUUUGGAAGUAGUGAUUGAUGUGCCAAAUUUAACAAACAUGUUGAAACCUGAGUCGCCUUGGUUUGUCUAAGAGGAAGCCUGAAUAAUGUUUGUUACGCUGGUUAUAGUAGUUCCAACGCUAGCAAGGUGGAACCGAAAAACUUUUU